GAUAAACCUUUGAAGAAACUACAUAAAUUUUUGUUUUACAAGAUAGACGAUGGAUGACGUAAAUAUUAACGAAAUAUGUCUUAAUAAUGAUAUGGAAGUGGUACAAUUGGAUGGAGAUGAGGACGAUUGGAUAAAAUUAAAUUGGAUUAUCGAGCACAGUGAUAAUGGCAAUAAUUUACAAUCACCAGAGACACCAGAGAAGGAUUCAGAUAAUGAGAUUGCACAAACAAAAGAUAAUGAUAGUAAAGUAUCUUGUACAAACACGGAAUCAGAGGAUAUGUCUGAUGGUAUAUCAGUCAUAACAGAAAGUGAUACAGAUGUUGUUAAUACAAAUCGCUUCCAAAUUUGUCAAUUUAAUCGUAAGCCAUGCAAAUCCCCACAAAUACUAGAACUACAAAUAAAUAAACAGAAAGAUAUAUGGAAUAUUCUUAUUGCUUAUAUGUUUGGUGUAAUUGUCGGUGUGACUCUUAGUUAUUUUUUCAUAAAUAUUAUGUUCACCUAUGCUAAACCUGUUAAAACCUAUCCAGUUUCAAAUGGAAUUGAUGUUGAAAAUCUUAAGACUGCAAGUCAUAACAUUGUUAAUACUUGCGAGGAAUUGACAGAUGUGAAAACUAUGUUGAAUGAAAUUAAAGCACAUAUGCCAACUGAUAUAAAGAUUACAGAGCAAAUUUUAACACAGUUUUUCGAAAUUACUGAUUCUUCUAGUAAAACAAAUAAUAAACCUAUUGUAUUCGAUCCUAUUGUCUUGAAUUUCUUGCAAUACAACAGUGAUAAAAUGCAUAUUACUUCUAAAUCACUUCUCGCUAAUUUAGUAGAAAAGAUGAGCAAAGUAAUAUUAAAAGUGUAUAAUAAAUAUGCUAAAGAGAAACACAGAUUGAAUAAAACAUUGUGUCAUUUGAAAAGUAUCCUACCUGAUGAUAAAUUCUUAAAGCAAUUGACCAAGAAUAAUCAGCUGUUUAAAGAUCAUGAUAAAUUUUGUUUUUCAAAUUAUCCAAAUAUUUUGCUAUCAAAAAAUUUGGAUAGCAAAACGACUACACAAGAAAAUACAAAAAAUGUAAAGGAGCAUACCAUAAAAACUGAUGAUACAGUAAUAGAAAAUAUGAAUAAAUUAGGACAUCAAUUGAGAAAGAAACUAUACCAUUUGAAAAAUAUACUACAUAAUAAUGAAUUCUUAAAACAACUGAUUGAGGAUGGUGAAGAAGACAUUAAAGAGUCAUUUAAGUUUUACGAAGAAAAGAAUGUUGACUUACAAUCAGAUGUAAUGUCAAAAAAUGGUUUUGAUAAUAUUUUAAUGCAAAUGAAAAAUACAUGUCCACUUUCCACCAGCUAUUGUCCAAAGUUUAAUAUUAAUAUGAGCACACUUGACACCGUACCGAUUCAUAAAACAAAGAAUUAUGAAAAAUAUAAUACAAAUAGCAAGAGAACUGUAGUAGAUCACGAAAAUUCUGCAAAAAAUUUGCGUGCCAAAGGAGAAAACAGACCAAAGAAAAAAGAAUAUUUCAAUUCAAAUGGUUUUACUAAAAAGAUCAUUAAUGAUAAAGUAAAUUAUAAGAAAAAGUAUAUAUCCUCUCAAAAUAAAAUAAAGAAUCACAUAUCAGAGCACACUGUUAAUUAUCAUACAUCUAAACAUUCUUCGUUUGAUAAUCAUGCAAUGAAACAAGAAAAUCAACACUAUAUAAAUACAAAUGAAAGGAAUGAUAAUGAAAGAUCUUAUAGAUAUAACAAGUAUCGACAGCCUGAUGAUUCUGAUUGGUAUUUUCGACGAGUUUAUUCCCGUAGAAAUGCACGAAGACAUACAAAACAAGUUGACGAUUCGGAUUGGUAUUUUGGAAGAGUAUAUUCCCGUAGAAAUGCACGAAGAUGUGCAAAAUAUGUAUCAAUACUAGAUAAUUCUUAAAAAAUUGUAGAUGAAUUAUAAAUUAUUAACA